GCAGCCGAAGCAGUAAAAACAAAAGCACUCGCUAUAAAAUAAACAAAAAACUAUUUAUAGGCUGCAAAUCUAAGAGAAUAUAUACUCGCGAUCAACUGCAGCAGGAGCAAAUAAUAAAAUAAUGCCCACCUUCGACUGCAAAACGCGCCGGGGCACCAAGAUAUCGGUGAUAGCUCUAGGCAGCGCCCUGUGCUUUGUGAUGAUGGCAUACUUUGUGUUCGGGGACAACAACGAUGAGCAGGGCUUACGGAAUCUACGCAUGAUAUCCAUAUUGUUUCGACAUGGAGCCAAAAAUCCCAGCGGAUCUUAUCCACUUGAUCCGCACGGCGCCCACGAUUGGCAAGGUGGGUUGGGAGCUCUAACACCGAAAGGCACGCUGCAGGCCUAUAACCUGGGAAAGAAUCUGCGCAUGCGCUACUACCGUCUACUGCCCUCCAACAGCCUUUACACACAGCAGCAGGUCCAUGUUCUUAGCUCCGCCGCGGAACGCUGUGUGAUGAGCGCCCAGAGUGUCUUGGCUGGGAUGAUGCCGCCGCUGGAGAACAACAAUGUGCUGCCCAUACCCUGGCAGCCGGUGGCCGUAAAUACACUUGCUCGUAAUGAUGAUAUCCUUUUGGCGCAAAAGAAACCUUGCCUCAAGUACGAAAACAUUCUGAAGAAACUCUACAAGACGCCGCCUCCUGAACUCCAAAAACUCAACGAGGACAACAGGGAGCUGUACAAACUGUUGAGUAAAAAUACGGGAAAGAACAUUUCCAACGUGUUGGACGUGGAGCUGCUGUAUACCACCCUUAAGACCGAGGAGGAGGCUGGUCUGGUCCUGCCCGAUUGGACAGAGAACAUAUAUCCAGAGGAGAUUAGACCGCUGGCCGAGCGUAGCUAUACCCUGUUCACUGAAACUAAUCUCAUGAAGCGCAUAAGAGGCGGCGCCUUUCUUACCGAAAUUCUCACCAAAAUGCAGAACAAGCGCAAGAGGAAUCUGAGUCCUGAUCGCAAGAUAUUCCUGUAUUCGGCGCACGACGUGACAUUGGUGAAUGUUAUGAAUGCACUAGGGAUCCUGGAUCAGACCACCAACCUGCCGGAAUAUUCAUCUGCCUUGGCGUUUGAGCUGCACCACAGCAAGUUUUUCAGCGAUGCAGAUUUUGAAGUAAAGCUUGUUUACUAUUACAACAGCGAGGACAAAUUCCCCAAGGAGCUGACCAUUCCCAACUGCGAUGCUCCGUGCUCGCUCACCCAGUUCGAGGCCUCGUUGAAGGCUCUACAGCUCGACAACUACGAUGAGACCUGCGAGAAUCAUCCAACAGACUGCAAGAACUAAGACCUAGAUCUUUGUUUUUUUCUUUUUAAUUUGGUAACAGUGUUUUAGUAUUAGGAUUUGUUGUUGCAUCAACUCAUUUGUAAUAAGCUGUUGUUUUAGCAUGUGUUGAACUUGUAUUAAAUAUGUAAAUAAAUAGAAAAGAAGGCUGUUCGUCACACUUUA